GGUACCGCCUGCGCGCUUCUACCCUUACAUGUGUUUUUCAGCCACUGGGAUCAAAAUGGUAGGCGGUGGAGAUGAACACCGGAAAGUAGAAGUCAUCGCGUCCCAUUAUUGGAAGAUCAUCGCGAUGCGCGACAGAAUCAUUUUAUACUGAUAUCGAAUGGUGUUUGGCACGCCUACCCUCAAUUAUUUUUCAAGUCAAAGUGACCACCUUUCCGACGAAUGCACAUGAUCUCCCAUUGUUACGACUUUCGUCAUGCUGAGAUACCAAUAGUGCUUUAAUUGAGGAUAACAGCGUGGCGUUAGUUGUUCAAAAUGUCAAACGAUGGAUAUGACUGGCUUUUAAAUAAUCCACGACCAGAUUUAUAUCACAUUGACCACAGAUAUGAACCUGCGUCUGGACUGGCACAAAGAGACCCGGCUCCAUAUGUCGGUGUGCCGCCAGCAUUACAAGCUUCUAUAGCAAAUACUUCCGCCUACCUUCACUCCCCGUUUCCUCCAACCAACCAGGACUAUAUGAGAACAGAUGUUCCCUAUGCAAAUCCCACUGCUCAGUAUCAGCCUGCCGUUUCUAUGCCAGGUUAUUACCAGGGACAGCCGCCUUACUCUACACCGUCAACCGCUCCAGUGACCUCCCAAGGACAAGUUUCUCACCUGCCCCUCACAGAUUCCACCAUUCCAUGGAAAUCAUACACACCCAGAAAGUCAAAUGAUGGCCAUGAUACGAAAAGGCGCCGUACAGACACUUCUAUGCCAUCAAACCAGCCCAGCGUGAUAUCUACAGUCACUCCCGCCACGUCGAAGCCGGCCUCAAAAGAAAAUAUCUCGUCCUUCUCCUUCAGCCCCCGUGAUACUACAGACAGAUCAUUCCUCAAGAACCGCAUGGAUAUCGUCAAACCCCUUAGCAAGGUAGAUGCUGCUGUAAAACUCAGUUAUGACCCGCGGACGAUCGCCAGAGAUGUGUUAAUCGCAUCCGGGCGACAUCCAACGGAACCGGCAUUAAACCAUCACCUCGUUCGCUUGCGCGAUAUUUUCCUCUAUGUCGAUAACUCAUCCGACUUGGAAACCUUCCGCUGGGAUAUGGUCGAUAUGCAGCGUGUAAAUAAGUCACGUGACUCACCUCUGGCGCCGAUGCAAGGUUCCGCUCCGCCAAAGGAACCGUCAUUACAGGGUACACCCGCGCCAACCAUACAAACACAAAGCCAACCCACGCAACAACAACCACUUCCACCGCCACCGCCGUCUCAAGUGCAACACCUCAGUCAACAACACUCAGAAACCACAGACCGAAUUCAAGCACAGUCGCCAGUGCCGACGAAACCCCGGGCUUUGCACAAACCCGUAGUACAGGUACCGACAAGAAGUCCAAGUAUUCAGUCGGGGAAGAUGGCUGGGAGGAGACCUGGGAGGCCGCCGGGACGUCCUCCGGGACGGCCUCCAGGACGGCCCCCAGGGACCUCAAAAAUCCAGAUGGUGGCUCCGUCCGCUCCCGCUACCCCGGUUCCUUAUCAGGUUUAUUCCUGCGAAUGGGACACCUGUAACGCUGAACUUCAUAACCUGGAAAUGCUCGCAAAACAUAUUUACAAAGUGCACGUACCGUAUGCCCUCACCUGUGGAUGGAAGGGCUGCACCUGCGAUGACAAGUUCCCUGCAGCCGAACUAGUGAAGCACAUUCGAGGUGCUCAUCUUGAUCCCAUUGCCUGGAAGUUAGGUGAUGGACCAUCAGUGCCUGGAACUGUUCAAGGUACAGCUGGCCACAGCCCGGUUCCUUCGACUAUCCCAGAGUCCCAUAUAGCGGGCGGCGAGGACUCACUUAUUUUUCCAGCUCAUCAAACUUCAAUCCGAGCAUUUAAUCUCGUGCAUGGGCAUAAUACACAGCGUGACAAGGCCCAGGGAAUCUUCAAGGCGGUCCAGAGGCUCAAAGAACAGAUUGGUGUUGGGUUGGAUCCCGGCGGAUGUCAGUUGGCUACUCCCGCCCGGAAUGAGAGAGUGAGCAACGAGGAGGAUGUCUACGAAGUGAAAAUCGAUAGUUAGAACAUACGCGUGAUACCCCAUUGCAUCUCUUGGAAUCGUAUCGUAUCCUACAUCGCACAGGGUUGGUGCCGAUUCCAGGAAGUGGCGUUCGGCUGGUUGCGAUUCC